UCCAUUUACAAACAAUGAGGUAAUCGGAGAAAUAUAUGAUUGUCAAGCGAUUUUAAGGGAUUUAAACUCUCCAACACCUAGUUCGUAUCUACGGCGGAGGCAAGCAACAACGUGAGUGCCUGGAAUUGGAAAAUUAAUAAUAAUGCAGUUUUUUAAAUCGAUACAUGAUUUAAACCCGUCGCCUGAAAGAAGUCCGAAGGCUGGCUUUAUCCUAAGAUUAACUCAUUGUUAGUUUCACCCAGGUUAAUAUAUUUUAUAUAUGUGUAUUAAUAUUAGCAGAUUAUAGAUCAAUACACGUUGUGACAUAUACGGACAUAUUUGUUUCAAUGUUCGCAUGGAUUUAGAUACGUAAGCCUUCUUUAGCUGUUUAUGGAAUUAAGAAGGAAAACUUUUUAUAGAUGUCAUCUAAUUAAUGUGUAGAAAAACAUUGAACUGGUGAAGUACAAAAAUGGCUUGACUCAUUAAAAAGUGCCGAGGAGUAGUUCUUAAUAACUUGCUUUAUUUUAGUUCGUGAUUAUUUUUUUUUUCCGUUACUUUCGUUCCUUUCAUUUGUGGAUUUGUAAACCAUAAGCAGUUCGGAGGUGAAAGAGGAAAAUGUUAUCUAGCUUUUCCUGGACAUCACUUGCAAUUUGUCUCAUCUUCGUAAGAUUAUCAGAAAGCGCCUGCACAUUUCCAUCAGAGAUAACGGGCGAUUGGUACAGCGCUUAUAAAGGAAAACUGUCAUUCAAUUCUACCCAUUUAACGGGAUAUCCCAUUUACAUGUCAGCCGCCGUGCAAUCAUUAGAUUUUGAGUGCUACAUAAACAGUGAUAGAAAAUAUCUGUUAAGAGCAACAGAGACAGCCCUUGUGUUUGGUCAAUACAUUCGUGGUUAUUUAUGUGUAGAACUAUGGAGAGUUUCCAGUACAAAGUAUUACUAUUACCACGGAACAACAAUAUCUCCUACCAACAACGACCACGUUAAAGGAGUUAUUGAUAUUCUUAAAAAUGGAACGUUAGCGGAGACUUGUGAUAUAGCAGAACCGUACAACACGACAUCAUUUGUAAUGCUUGUCAAAGAUGGUACAAUUACGACGGGAGCCUCAGAGGCUACGUGUGCGACUGAUCUGUUGGCUUCAUAUAGCUCUGUUUCAAUAACCGACUCUACCGGAAGUACGUCAUGUUCCAGUAACACAAUGGAUGGCUGUACCGACAGGACAGAGAUGAGGUUCACGUAUGACGGUGGAUGUGGAAACACACAUAAAUUUUCAACUGGUGGUUUCUGGACCUGCAUGCAUAGUAUAAGUAGCGGAGGAAGCACCUACCUCUCGCUCUGGAACAAUGAUAGUACAGUUGUUGGGACCACGUCCUACGCAUACACGUCUGGAGUAAACUACCAGUUUGCCUGUUUAGUUAUCAGUGGUGUGUCCGCCUCCAUGUUCCCAAACUAUUGCUCAGACAGUACACAGACAGCAUCCACAGUGUCAUCUCCAGGUCUGACAAUGUCAUUUACAGGAGCUACUCAGACUUGUUAUGAUGAAGUAGAAGGUGGAUCAAGUGCUGUGUACUACAUCACAAUAGUAUUAGGUGCCUUAUUUAUCAUAGCCUUAAUUAUAUUGAUUAUUAUUCUGAAAAAGAAAGGCUAUUGUUCUCUUGACAAAUGCAAAAAGCAGCGACCCAGUUCACCAGAAAGCAGUGUGGAGCAGGGAGAACACGUGACUAACACAGUGUUCAGAAUGAACAAAUUAGAUCCAAUCCCAGGAUUCAAAGCAAAGAGGCCACUUCGAAUUGGGCCAAUUGUGGAGCCUAAUCUCGACAUCCUUCCAAAGGUGGAGCCCCUGUAUGCGUUGUCAGACAAGAAGGACACCAGUAAACCUGCAAGACGAGACGAUGAUACAAUAUCUGUGGACAGCGUAGAUGAGGACAAUCCAUUUAAUUUCUACAAUAUCGCUAAGUUCGUGCUUCUUCCCAAAAUUGUCUCCAAGAAGAGUUUUGAUGUUGGAGCUCUUGCAGAUCCGAAACGAAACACACUUCACGAUAUCUUAGAGAUAAAGAAAUCAAAACUUAAAAGAGAAAGCAAGGCUUCCGAGGAGCAGGAGAAAAAAGAGGACAAAAAGGAGGAAAAAGACAAAGAGAAGGACAAGGAAAAGGACAAGGAAAAGGAGAAAGACAAGAAAAAGACAACAGGAAAACCAAAGCUUGAAAAACAAAGUUCGAAAGAACCUGGGAAUAAAAAUCGUAAAAUGUCUAAAAAGUGAACAAAUGUUCAUAUGCAUAGUAUGAAUUAGAUGUAUAAAUGGCAAAAUGUGUAAUCCAAGACAUUGUUUUGGUUUUUGAAUGAAUGACUACUUGAGAUGUUAAAUAUGGUUAAUUUGUUAAUGUUUUAGGGGAAUGUUGUUAUUUUAUUAUUUUUAACUUUAAUAAGACACAUUGGUGCAAUUGUAUAUAU